AAUAAUAAUAAUUUCUUAUCACAGAGGGCGGCGAACAGUCAGUUUCAACUGAACGUGCUAUACCCCCUUAACUUCUUUUGUUUACCCACGCUAGCACCGCGAACUGAUUACAGGCACCAGAGAUAACAAGGAGGGGGCGGAGCUACGCUCGUCGCCUUUACUCAUUUGCAUGUGAUUGACAACUGAUAACGGACUAAACAUUCUAUGCGCAUGCGUGUACCAUUCACCGGUCUUGUCAAAGGGGCUGGAACCUCCAUAACUUUGUAAACAAAACGGCCCAAGAUAGCAUUGUUCAAGGGUGUGUGUGCCUAGUGCGCUGUGAGAUCACGGCUACACGACACAGUGAAAAGCCGCACAUGUGCCUUGUGGAGUAGACUACCCCCGGCUUGUUCAACACCCGGCUUCAUGAUAGUGUUGGACUUCGGUGACUCAGAAUUUCGAUUUGAUGUGUCUUGUUUCAGUUACGCCUACUGUUGGAUGUUAUUUCUUCAUCAAGUGUGUUAGUGUUGUGGGUGGUACUUCCUUCCUUGUCGCCGUCCUUGUGAAUUAUUAGAUUAGUAUUGAAAUAGUAUUAGCCUUGUAGACCUGGUGGACUGGAUAUUCUCGACUUAGACUUAGACAAACGAUUGAAUUACUGUUUGUUCUUCACAAUCGAAAGUCAAAAAUCAAAAGUGUGUUGCCGUUUAUUUCGUUCCUGUGGAUUUUGUUUUCAUGGUGUUUGAAAUCAUGGGUACCCCGUGCGACAACAACAACAAGCAAAUCCAGGGUGUGUCGGGUACCCCGAAUGAAGGUAAGCUGAGGGCUCUUAUGGAGAAAACCGGGUACCCGAUGGUUCAAGAGAAUGGGCAGAGGAAACUAGGACCGCCACCUGGUUACGAUGGCCAGGUUCCCGAGAAGGGUUGUGAAAUCUUUAUCGGAAAAAUACCACGAGAUAUGUACGAAGAUGAGAUUGUGCCCGUAUUUCAAAACGCGGGUAAUAUUUACGAGUUUCGGCUCAUGAUGGAUUUCAGCGGUAGUAAUCGAGGGUUCGCCUUUUGUACUUACUGUAAAAAAUCCGAAGCGAAAAGAGCAAUAAAGGAAUUGAACAAUUUUGAAAUAAGGAAAGGCAGAUUUCUUGGUGUUUGUGCGAGUGUAGAUAACUGCAGACUCUUUGUUGGUGGAAUUCCGAAAACCAAGUUGAGAGAGGAAAUUCUGACGGAGAUGGCGAAGAUGUCCGAGGGAGUUGUCGAUGUAAUUAUGUAUCCCCAUGCCGUCGACAAGUCGAAAAAUCGUGGGUUUGCUUUCGUGGAGUACGAGAGUCACCGAGCUGCCGCAAUGGCGAGGAGAAAGUUGAUUCCAGGUCGAGUGCAGUUGUGGGGGCACACGAUAGCCGUAGACUGGGCGGAACCUGAGCCGGAGACGGAUGAAGAAACAAUGGCGACGGUUCGAAUCCUAUAUGUGCGAAACCUGAUGCUGUCGACCACAGAGGAACACCUGCGUGACGUGUUUGAGCAGGUGAUCGGCAGCAGGGACUGCAUCGAGCGCGUGAAGAAGCUCCGGGAUUACUGCUUCAUCCACUUCAAGUUGCGGGAAGACGCGCUCAGGGCCAUGGAACUCAUGAAUGGGAAAAUGAUCGAUGGUUCACAAGUGGAGGUUGUCCUUGCAAAACCUGUGGACAAGAAUGAAUACAAGCUCGCCAAAGCAAAGAAUUUGCAGCAGCAGAGGUGUGGCCACCACUAGUGCCCCUGUGCGGGCCGGCAGAGGUCGCGGUGCCGCGGGAUCACGUGGGGCGGGUGGACUCAAGACGUUUGUUCCGACGCUGUUCAGGGGAGGAUACCGGAGACAUCCUGUGGAGAUUCUGGAAGAACUGUGUCAGAAGAACCACUGGGGUAGCCCUGCCUACCAGCUGCACUCGGCGAUCCAGAGAGACCCAGCUACCAACACGGACUGCCAGUUUUUCCUGUUCAAGCCAUCUAACUUUACCAUCCUCUUUGCACCAGCCCUUGUAGUUGUAGUCUUUGAGUGCCACUUUGACCCUUAG